UUAAGACCCUCUCAGGGAGCUGAGAAAUGCGAGACAAUGUGUGACGGGUAAUAAGGAAUACAAAGAGGGCCAGGAAAGACCAAACAGUGAAGGGAUAGCCUUAGGAAGCCCAGAGCACAGCACAGGGGACGUUACGAAGGAAGGCGAGAGAAGAUGGAUGGAAUAUUGUUGAUGGUGGGCCAGAACCCUGUUUUCUCUGUGUUGUUGUUCUCUGUCAUGUUCAGGGUGGUCCAUCACCUCCUGAGGAAGCUGCCCCUGCCUAAAGUAGUCGAGCACGAUGAGCUUCGCUCCUGGAAGUGGAGAAACCUCAGUGUGUCUCUUGUCCAUUCACUGCUUACCGGCCCAUGGGCCAUUACCUGUGUGAGCCUUUGGCCAGAGAUGCUGAGUAACAUGCAUUCAUUCACCACACCAGUCUGCUAUCUGCUUGUGAGUGUUUCAGCAGGUUACUUUUUGCAAGAUGCUGGUGACAUCAUAUUUUCAGGACAUGCAAUAGGAUCAUGGGAGUUCCUGCUUCAUCACUUCUUGGUGUUGUGGUGCUUCCUGUACAAUCUGUACACCCAGCGCUAUGUGGCCGGAGCAGUGGUUGCCCUCCUGGUUGAGGUCAACAGCAUGACCCUCCAUGCACGGCUGCUGCUGAAACUGGCAGGAGCUCAGGGGUCAGGUCUCUACAACGCCAACAAGUUCCUCAACCUCUUCACGUAUGUCACCUUCCGCCUAGGCACCCAGUUUUACAUAACCUAUUACAUCAUCAUCAACUUCUCCUUGCUGCAACAUGGCAGCUACUUCCUGCUCACCGUGCUCAUCAUGGACACCAUGAUCCUCAUCUACUUCUACCGAUUGCUCAGGGCUGACUUUUGCCCCAGAAGGAAGGGCCAUGUCAUACAUAAUGGCGCUCACUGCAGCAGCUCCUCUCAGCUCUUUGACGACUGACCAGACCUUGGAGCGCGCAUAAAAAGACAGUCUGCUUCAUUACCCUCAGUUUAAGACUGUGUUUUUGCCUGGUCAUUUCAGUGUCUUGUAUGUGGGUUGUAUCCUGAUAGGAAUCACAUGAAAUUAUACUUGAGGUAAAGGCAUCUUGACAUGCAUUAGUCAGGCUGAAAUCUGAUUUCAGUAUUACACAUUAACUUACUAUGAAUUAAUCAGUUUUAUUUAUGCAAAAGAGGGUUACUGCAUCAAAAAUCAAGAUGUGUACAUUCUGUUUUUAAUCUCUUUCAAACAUUUGGCUUGGAGAGAUGGAUAUAUUUACACGUAUCUAACAUGUA